AUGAGAUCCAUGUUCCAACUCAGUACCCUGGUCUGCGCCGCCGCACUGGCGACGUCGGCGGUGGCCAUGCCCACGCCUGCCGAGCCGCUGUUUGUGUCUCGAAUGGUUCGACGACAGAUUUUACACGACAGCUCUGCGCCUGUUCCAUCUGUUGCCACCUCCACGUGUGGAGAAUAUGCAUUGCAACAACCGCAGAAGCUCCAAUUACGAUCUUACAACGAUUCGGCCUCGGCGUAUUUCUCCGUCAGUGACACUAAUUCGCAGUACCUGCUAACAGCACUUGCCCCGACGAGCGGUUCGCAGGACGCAUACGAGUUUGACUUUCAAACAUGCAACUACACCGGCUUCACCCAAGGCUUUUCGCGAAACCGCGGCGGCAGUAUGGGCGCUCCCGUCGAGUUCUGGGGCCGCGUCGUCACCAAUGUUACCACCACCACCACCGCCGCCACCGCUGCCGCCGAGCAGACGUCCCAGCAAAAGUGCCUCUCGGCCUCUUCUGCUCAGGACACCAGCGGCACCUUUACUCUCGACAGCUGCAACGACGCCGACUCAAAGCAGUGGUUCCGUCUGCAGGAAGGCAUCGGUGGCGCCCAAUUAUCCUACUUCCCCGUCCAAAAUCACACCGGCUACCAGUACAACGGCCAAACGCCCGAGUUCUUCCAAGCUGAUCUUCAUCCAUCGUCCCAAGAUGUCAACGCGGUUCGAUAUACGCAAGUCGACUCAUAUCAGUACGUCCUUUUCGACUGA